UUUUCAUUUAAAACUUUUUUAAACGAAUAUGACGUUGCUGUCUAUUAUAAGUUUAAUUGUUAAUAGACUUAUGAAUAAUUCGCGUUUUUUACGUAUGAUGACUUCAAUAUAAUAAUUAUGUUCAAAGACUCAUUUAUUUAAACGAUUUGAAUCAUUGUAAGAGUGAGUAAGUGGUGUAAAGUUAUAAUUCUCGACUAAAUCAUCAAACCAAAGGAGAAAUGCAGUGGUCGAAGGAGAGUUACCGUCUGGAUAAAGUGAAGGACAAGUUUGAUUUACCGCGUGUUGUAAGACUGACAGAGAGUUACCUUCCUCGAAAUGAAACGGAAAAAUUUGUUAGCGGAGAUAUCCUCAUUCUCAACAAAGAGAUAUUUUUACACAAAAUUGGUGCCUAUUUCAUACACUGGGAUUCAGAAGAUAGUGCAGUCCCUACCUCAGACAACCAGGAAUUUUUCUUGCCACACAGUUAUGACGGUAAAGUGCACGUGAUGAAAAGGAUCACUACCGUGAACACUGUAAAAGAACUUGUAGAUAUAUUUCCAGGCUAUGCAGAACUUGGAGAAAAGUUAACGGUAAAGGCACAUACAGGUAAAACUGUAAAAUUAGAUAAAGGGACGAAAAUAGAAUUGGAGAGGGUGAUACCUGGCUCCAUAACCGGGUUCGUAAAGGAACCAGAUGAGCUUGUUAUUCAGUUUGAACAUUCUAAAAAGAACAAAGUUGCUGCAAUACCUUUUAAUAAAAAGGGAAAAUUCCACACAAUAGCCGACCGCAAAAUGUACACCAUAAAAACAGCAAUAGAAAGAUAUGGACUGCCACUGGAUGUGAGGUUCAUCAGCAAUGAAAUAAAGCAGAAAUUUUAUGCGGAAGUAUUAACAGGGCACCGAAAGCCCGGAUCAGUUACUGCAUCCGCAAGGCUGACUCGAAUGGUUAUGCAGCGUGCCCUAGUUGGACACCACAUGCCGGCAAUAGACGCUGGGAAUAGUGCACGUGUACCCAGAGAAUCUGUUGUUGUGAUACCUAUAGAUAAUGAAGAGGUUGGAAAGUUAUUGGUGAAUGUGUGCGAGAGUCACGUGCGCACAAUCUACGGGUCUCUUGUCACUGAAAGGAGUGCUACGGAAGCGUGCCGUGUCGUCAAGGAAUCAUUGUGUCUCGAUUUUGCCGUGAACCCAGAGAUGAAACGUCUCCCUUUAGCCGGGUCACGUGUUCAGUGCCGUCGACGUCAAGAACCACCCGUGCCGGAGAAUUCUGAUAACAGUGGUGAUGAUGAUGAUGACUAUUUAAUACCAAUACCAAAAAGAUGUACAGACGAACUUGAGGGCUAUGUUUAUAUGUCUGUUACAGAACUGGAGGGGUAUGUUGAUAUGUCUGUUACAGAACUUGAGGGCUAUGUUGAUAUGUCUGUUACAGAACUUGAGGGCUAUGUUGAUAUGUCUGUUACAGAACUGGAGGGGUAUGUUGACAUGUCUGGUACCAGUCGUAGCAAUGCCGCUGACCCGCCUUUACCUCCCCGAAGAUCCGCCCAUACAUCACCAUUACCUCCCUGGAGAUCCGCCCAUACAUCACCAUUACCUCCCCGGAGACCCGCCCAUACACCACACUUACACUGACACAAAUACAUAGUGUCAUCAGAUGUGCCAAUACUUAACAGAUGCAUUUUUGAGAAAACAUAAUGACUUGAUCUGUUUAUCGAGAAAAGACGAAUUUUUGGAGAAACUCUAGC